AUUGAUCAAUACCACCAAGUUUCAGACGAGACUCUCGACCAUAUCGACGAAACUCUGGAAACGAUCGGUGAAGAAGUCGACUUGCCUGGUUUCGAUAUUGAGUACUCGCAAGGCGUAAUGACGAUCAAGCUCGGUGAGCAUGGAACGUACGUGCUUAACAAACAGCCACCUAACCAACAAAUUUGGCUCUCGUCACCGAAAAGUGGACCUAAGCGCUACGAUUAUGACGAGGAACAUAAAAAGUGGUUUUAUCACCGAAACAACCAUACUUUAGACGAGUUGUUGAACGAGGAAUUGAGUCAAGUGUUUGGGCGGUCAGUCGAUGUCUUGGAAGGUUUUGAGGCAUUAUAG